AUGUUUCCAGCUAGCAAGAUUGUUUUAUUCGGGCGGGGAGGCGGUUCCAAGUCAAUUGGUUUGAAGCGGACAAAUAUCGGAGGUGAAGCAAAGUAA